UAAAUUCCAUAGUUACGGCUAGUCACUACAAUAAAAACAAGGCAACUUAUUUUCAGCCAAAAAGCAAUAAACAUAAUCAAAACAUAAAGAUUUACACUCUUAUCAUAUUUAAGGAAUAUCCUGUUCUAAUGAAUGAUUUCACAGUAGCUUGAUAACGUUUAACUGACGCUUUUAACCGAACUAACGUUACUUGAGGGCAUGCUAAUAUUGGCUUAUAAUGUUAAUAGCUAAUUUCGGAGCAGGGACAGUAUGUUAAUAGUGUGUACGCCCUCGAUGCAAGUCACAAACGAGUGUAACAACCAGUGAAAAGGGGGAUCGUGAGGGAGUUGCUCUUCCAUCAUUGUUAAAUAUGAGGCUAGCGUGAAGACUUCUGGAGAUCUUUGCCUGCUGCUCUGAAGAAAGACACGAGAAACAGAAGCUCAGGCCAGAUAAACUCCAUUAUCAACUCGACUCAACAGAAGCAUUUGUAGUAUUUAUCUUUUGUUUGAGCGCCGAAACCGAAGGAAACCAGGAAAUAACGCGCGGCUGACAUUUGGAAAUUGUAUCAAAAAAAUGAAGAGGAUGGCUCCGUCUCUGUUGCAGGCGUACAGCAGGCGCUGGUGGAUGGCCGUCACAGCCGUGCUGGAGAAUCUGUCGUGUUCGGCCGUGCUGUUGGGCUGGGGCUCUCUGCUCAUCAUGCUCAAAGGACAGGGCUUUUACUCGCACCUGUGCACAGAAAAUAAUACUGAUGGUGUGAACGCUAGCGCACCAGAUGAUUGGCUGAGUUGUGUGGAACAGGAAGAAAUGCUGAACUUGGGUUUCACCAUUGGCUCAUUCCUGCUCAGUGCUGCCACAUUACCAUUGGGUAUAUUGAUGGACCGGUUUGGCCCCAGGCCUCUGCGCCUCGGUGGAAGUGCGUGUUUUGCGCUCUCUUGUGUGAUAAUGUCCAUAUCAUCAUAUCAACCAGAAGUCCUCUCUGCACUCAUUUUCUUGGCUCUUUCACUCAACGGCUUUGGAGGAAUCUGUCUGACCUUCACAUCACUCACGCUGCCAAACAUGUUUGGAAGUCUGAGCUCCACCGUGCUGUCACUGAUGAUCGGCUCCUACGCUUCAUCGGCUGUCACCUUCCCUGGAGUCAAGCUGAUAUAUGAUGCUGGGGUGUCGUUUACUGUUAUCAUGUGGAUGUGGGCCGGCUUGGCUUCUCUGGUCUUUCUCAACUGUUUCCUGAACUGGCCAGCAGAAGGGUUUGCUACACAAGAAGAGAUUGAGAUUAGGAAAAAGAGGCAUUCAGAUGAAAACCACAAAUUAUCGUCUGACGAGGCGACGGGAGAAACCGAGAAACUGCCGGCUGUAGCUCAGGACACACAAGCUUUGGUCCCGUUCCGGCGCUCCGUGUUCUCUCCCAUCUUUCUGUGGAGUCUGAUCACUAUGGGAAUGACUCAGCUGAGAAUCAUCUUCUUUAUGGGAGCCAUGAAUAAGAUGUUGGAGUUCCUGGUCAUCCAAGGAGAUGAUCACCCCUCUAAACUGCUGCAUGAGGCUGAGGAGAAAGUGAGCUUCUACUCGUCCAUCUUUGGCACGCUGCAGCUCUUGUGUCUGGUCACCUGUCCUCUGAUCGGAUACAUCAUGGACUGGAAGAUGAAAGAGUGUGAGGUGGAUCAGACGACGGCGCGGGGAGAAAAAGAAGUCGUUGCGGUCCCGAAGCAUGACAGGAAGAUCCAGAAGCUGACCAAUGCCAUGAGAGCCUUCAUCUUCACUAACGUGCUGCUGUUUCUGUUCGGGAUCCUCUCACUCGUGGACAACCUGCCUCUACAGAUUGUGACGUUUAUUUUGCAUACUGUGGUACGAGGUUUCAUUCACUCGUGUUGUGGAGGACUGUAUGCUGCUGUGUACCCGUCUAAUCAUUUUGGCACCCUCACCGGGCUGCAGUCUAUGAUCAGUGCAGUGGUGGCUCUGCUGCAGCAGCCUCUCUUCAUGAUUAUGUUGGGACCUCUGAAAGGAGAUGCUUACUGGAUCAACGUGGGGCUUCUGCUCCUCUCAUUGGCCGGAUUCCUGUUGCCGGGGUAUUUGUUCUACCAUCGCAGACAGCUUCUUCAGAUGAAGGCCGCAGGAAAAGCGAAUGGACACGCUCCUGUUGAGAACCCAGCUCUGACCCAGCCGCUGACCAACGGACUGAGCAACGGUUACGUCUCUCAAGAAGCCUAACUCAAUAACCGAGCAUCACGGGACUCUUCACAUUUCAUCACGCUACAGCAAACCCUGCCGUUUCUCACACAAUCCUCAUUUAAACACGUUUCAUUUUUUUGUUGUAUGAGAGACGUUGGGAUGAUGGCUGUGAAAGCAGCAUCAGAUCAGUAUUGUCUUCACUGCAAAAAAUAAUUUUCUUCCUUAUUUUCUAGUAUAAAUAUCUACAAAUUCUUGAAUCGGGAUGCAUUUACUGAUGCAUGACAAGUAAAAUGACUAUUUUGUCUUGUUUUCUGAAAAUAUUAUCCAAAUUUAGUUUGUUUUUGCUUGAACAAGCAAAAAUAUCUGCCAAUGGGGUAAGAAAAAUAAU